GUAGCCAGGUUCAGGUACAGCUGGCUGAUCUUCUCCAGUAUCUCUCCCUCUAAGCUCUUGUCUCCAAUCCGCUGAAGAAGGUUCAGCUGGUGCUCGUUGUAGAUGAUACACUGGGCUUCAUCCGGACACACCUCUUCGUAAAGCUGACACAGGUGACGUGUGGCUUGCAGCUGACCUGAUGUCAUACAAAGAAGAAUAUAUUUUGGAGAGUGACUGAGAAAGAUGCCGAAGAAAGGCAGCGACACGAAGCCCGUUAUUACAGCUCCACGAUGGGAAGAAGUUCAAGAUUUCUGCAACCCUGACAAACUGCUGUUGUGCCCCUAUGACCCACAUCAUCUGAUCCGGGCCUGUCGGUUCCCAUACCAUCUCAUCAAAUGCAGGAAGAAUCAUCCUGAAUUGGUUGGUGAAUUAUGGACUUGUCCAUUCAAUGCACGCCACUUGAUGAGAAAACAUGAGCUGUCCCAUCACAUCUCAACCUGUGUGGACCGAUGCUCUGUUAAUGACUCCUGCGUGGCCAGUGACAAGACUGAUAGCAAGUUUCAAAUCCCAGUGAGCACCUGGACUGCGCCUGUGUGUGAUGAAGACUGGGAUGAAGAGGUGGACAAGCAUGUAACAUCAGCGCCAUCUUUUGUCUGGGAUGUGUCCAAAUCACUUCCUCAGGACAGGGAAAACCCCAGCACUUCCAGCAAUGUGAUUGCUGGUCUCCGAGCACCACGAGUUCUUCCCUGGAUGAGCAGCAGUACUGAUUUUUGAGUUUUUAUAGUGUGUCAACCGUGUCAAGAAUAUUCCUGUACAAAUGACAUUGAAUCCUGAUAGUGUUGGUUGCUUGUUCUGGCAUUUCUUGUAUAGGGUCACUAGUUCUUGCAGUGACAAAUUAGUUUUCUAAUCUUCAGUUUAGUUUCCCAAAGGUGGAGCAGUAAAGAUGGUUUAGGUUCUUAGCUGUGUUUACACCAAACAAAAGAAAAGCUUACGACCAGGAUAUACAGAAUACAAGACUUUAAUUGAUGUGUUUUGUGUUGUCAUAGUUGCUUUGUGCCUGUAAUUCUACCUCU